AUGAUUAAAUUUAAUUUGAUCAGUCUCUUAUAUUUAAUUAUUCAAUUGAAUAUUCAUUGUGUGGGAAAACCAUUUCGUGUUGAGCUAAAAAUCAAAGAUGAUUGGGAAGAAAAAAGAGAAUUUAUUUAUUUAAAAGAUGUUGAACCAAAGGAGCGUUUUGUUAGAUGAUUGGGAAGGAAAAAGAGAAUUUGUUUAUUUAAAAAAUGUUGAAAUAAAGGAUGUUUUUGUGUUGAAAGUAAUUGAAAAGAAUAAUAAUCAGCAUGAUAGCUAUAAGAACAAUAUAG